AUUAAGCGUUGACGUUGUAUAGGUUAGGAUGUGUUUUUAUUCUAAAAGAUUUAAUUUUAUUAUAAUAAGCGAGUAAUUUUAAUUUGACCUGUAUUAAUUAAUAUUAUUUAUUAAUUAUAAAAUGUCUGUGUGUGUUACGGAGUUAUACAAAUCCGGCUUAUAAGUGUAAACAGAAAUUUUCAUUUUGAUGUCGGCUAUCGACAAACUGCUAUUAUUUUGCCUAUAAUUUGUCAUCAUGAGUUCUCGAGGGCUUUCGAAAAAGGAGUUAGAGGAGCUGAAAAAGAAAGAAGAGGAAGAGGCGGCCGCUCAUGUAUUCAAGGAGUUUGUGGAAACAUUUCAAGAGGUGCCCAGCACCACAAGUAAGGUCUGGGUGAAAGCAGGCACAUAUGAUGCGGGGGCAAGAAAGGAAGACACCUCUGAGAGAGGCAAGCUUUACAAGCCAGUAUCUCGCUUGGAUGAAAAAAGGAGUAUACCAGACAUUGACCCAGUCCGGACUCUAGUACAAAGGCCUGAGCCUCCAGGCAGGCCUCAUGCUAAGAAGAAAGGACAGGACAAGAAGAAAAGCAACCUAGAGUUAUUUAAAGAGGAAUUGAGACAGAUACAAGAAGAAAGAUCGGAGCGACACAAGUAUAAGAAUGUGUUGCGUGAGCGCGGUGUUGUGGGGGUGGAGCCCUCACUCGACAUUAUACCAGAUGUGGGGUCAUAUGACACUGGGGACCCCAACACUACCAACUUAUACCUUGGCAAUCUCAACCCUAAGAUUACAGAGCAGCAAUUAAUGGAGAUCUUUGGUCGGUACGGUCCCCUAGCCAGUAUUAAGAUCAUGUGGCCACGGUCUGAUGAGGAGAAGGCUCGAGGUCGGAACUGCGGGUUCGUGGCAUUCAUGUCGCGCAAGGAUGGCGAGCGAGCGCUAAGGUGUAUUAAUGGAAAAGAAAUAAUGAACUACGAGAUGAAGUUAGGUUGGGGUAAGGCGGUGGUGAUCCCCCCCGUACCCAUCUACAUCCCGCCCGCCCUGCAGCAGCCCACCAAGCCGCCGCCGCCCUCUGGACUGCCCUUCAACGCACAACCACCCAAACAUCUCUUCAAUAAGAUACCUAGAGUGAGGCAGGGAGAGUAUUACCCAAGCGAUCCAGAUGAUAAGAAAGCUUAUGAACAGAUAUUGUCUCAGUCAAUAGUCAAAGUAGUUGUUCCUACAGAGAGAAACAUACUCAUGUUAAUACAUCGUAUGGUGGAGUUCGUGAUCCGCGAAGGUCCGAUGUUUGAAGCCAUUAUAAUGAACAAAGAGAUAAACAACCCUUUCUUCCGGUUCCUGUUCGAGAACCAGUCGCCUGCGCACAUCUACUACAGGUGGAAGCUGUUCUCUAUGCUUCAGGGAGACUCGCCCAAACAAUGGUCGCUCGAAGACUUUAGGAUGUUUAAAGGAGGGUCUGUGUGGCGGCCGCCAGUGAUGAAUCUCUACACGGCGGGAAUGCCCGACGAGCUCGUCGAGGAAGAUGAGGCUAAGGAGAAUAUACGGGGGACGCUAUCUAACAACCAGCGCGACCGUCUGGAGGAGUUGAUCCGCGGGCUGUCCCCGUCCCGCAGCAGCGUGGGCGCGGCCAUGGCGUGGUGCCUGGAGCACGCGGAGGCGGCGCGCGACGUGGCGCGCGUGCUGGGGGAGGCGCUGGCCGGGCCCCGCACGGCCCCCGCGCGCCGCGUCGCCAGGCUCUAUCUGCUCUCCGACGUACUGCACAACGCCGGCGCCAAGCUCACCAACGCCAGCGCAUACCGCAGCGCGUUCCAACAACGUCUGCCAGAGAUAAUGCGCAACUGUCACCUGGCGUGGACACGGAUGACGUCACGCCUGCAGCAGGAAGGGUUCCGUGCUCGAGUGACGCGUAUACUGCAAGCCUGGGCCGACUGGGCGGUGUACCCUACAGACUUCUUACUGCAUAUUAAUGAUAUCUUCCUCGGACAGGAUAAGGAAACAGACACAGUACCAGGCAUGAGCAACGAACAGGAGGAGGGCGGAGCGUCGGAAGAGGGUGCAUCCCCCGCGCGGUCCUCCGCGUCGGAGGAGUCGUGGGAGGCGGCGGGCGGCGGCGGGCCGCUGGACGGCGCCGCGCUGCGCCGCCUCGCCGCCGAGCGAGCCAACCUACUGCCCGCCCGCGGCCUCGCCCGCCCCGCCCCGCACUCCCUGCCCGCGCCCGGGCCCGACCUCACUGACGACAUCGAUGGAGUACCCGUGGACGAAGACAUAGACGGCGUUCCUUUAGAGUCGGACAACGGGCGCGCUCGAGCUGGCGGUACGUUCGUCCCCUCGCGGUGGGAGACUGUGGACACCGAGCCACAGGAGGACCCGAGUGCGAGGGACGCGAGGGACACAAGGGACUCUAGGGACACACACAGUGACGACGACACUCCCGCACCCAACACGCCCAUCUCACAGCAACAACAUGAUAGCGAGGAGCAGGCUCUAAAGCGCGAGACUCUCCGCGAGAUCGAGGUCCGGGUACUGAAGUACGCGGACGAGCUGGAGGCCGGCGUCCGGGGGCGCAGGCCUGGGCUUACUACCGCACAACAGAUACAGCACUACCGAAGGAAACUUAUCAAGAAGGCGUCGAGAGAGGCCAAAGAGGCAGUUGAGGAAGUGAGGGAGUCGCCGGAACCAAGGCGAAGGUCACCCGUCGAAGAGGACACUUACUCCACAAAAUCCCAACAUGCUUUGCCUGACUCGGGGCUCACACCCAAGACCUCAAGAUCCGCAGCCACGCUCGCUUCGGAGAGGUGAUUUUUGAUAUACAUAAACUGUAUAAACAAUAUUUAGGUGUCUUUAAGGACUUAUGUCACUUGAAACUGCAUACAAUACUAGUUCCAAAUACAUUAUAAAUAGAGUAGGUUUUCCUUUGAUACCAUUGCGUUAUUUUUAUUUUUAUUCCUCCCUUGUUGCGGGUGUCAAAAAUUUGAACCCUGCCAACUGCAAACUUUCUUAUGUAGAGGCCUAUAGUCCAACCUAUACACCUGUCUCAUUUACAAUGCAAACGGAAAUUGGAAGAUAAGAGCGAACAAGCUAACAUACUUCAAUAAAAAAUCAUCCUAUUUUUACGUUGUAUAUAAUGUCUGAACGAAUGCACAAAAUACGCCGUAAUAUUUGUUGUAUAUAUUGAGAAAUCGUAUAAAAGAACUC